AGGCAGUGCAGUGCAGCUAGAAGAAACAUGGUGCUGAAGUGUACACUAUCAGUAUUGAUUUUAAGUUUAAUGUUUACCCUUGCUCCCGGACAGCUGUUGGACAAUCGGUGCUAUCUGGACGGUGGUGGAUCGGCAGUUAACUUCUUCGCCAACGAGGACAUUACCGUCGGAGCGGUGGUAGGCAGUUUGCGUGUGUUAGGUGACCCUGGAAAGGACAUUGUGCUGACGCUUCGAGAGAAGGAUUCACCCGUUUACAUAGCGCCCGGUACGAAGGAUCUAAUAGUGGCCAAACCGUUGGAUAAAGAAGGGCUUAUUGGGCCAUCGGCGGUGUUUGUGAACGUGAUUUGUGAGCGCAAGUUUUCCGAUGAGGCGGGCAUUAUAAUUCCAGUUAAUAUACGGGUGACGGACGUGAAUGAUAAUGCGCCGAUGUGGAUUGGUGCACCGUACAAGUUGAACCUUUCGGAAGUGACCGUCAUUGGAACGAGGAUUCUGCAAGGCAUCCGGGCACACGAUCUUGAUCAACCUGGACCGUACUCGACCGUCGAGUACCAAACACUCCCAGGACCGUACUCCGAUUAUGUGGCCUUCGUAACACCGCUCGAGGGUACGCUAGUGCUGAAAAAGUACAUCGAUUACGAGUCGGUACAAAACUUUACGGUAAAAAUACGCGCCCAAGACCAGGGCAAACCACCGAAGUACUCGGACACGUUUGUAACUAUCCGUGUGCUCGAUUCGGACGAUCAGAAUCCAAAGUUCGAUCGUGAUGUGUACUAUGGCCAGCUGCUCACGGAGCAAGGUGACAUUAAAGUUAGUCCCGAAGCAAUUCGCGCGGAAGAUCAGGAUCGUGGCAUACGGGCCGAUAUGCGGUACUCGAUCGUAUCGUCGAAUGGAUCGGAAGAUGAGAUCAGCUUUGAGAUACAUCCAAACACGGGCAAUAUGCGUCAGACGCGUGCGCUACCACCAGGACAAGCACGCCAAUCGCGCACAAUCGUUGUUAAAGCGACUCAGGUGGACAAUCCCGAUCGUUACGCACUGACCACGGUGAUUUUGUCACCUCCGAAGGGUUUCGAAACGUCUCUGAGCGUCCUCAGCGUUCAGCCACCGGUUGGUGGAGCAGAAUUUGUGCGCGGGACGUUCUACGCUACGGUAAGGGAGGACGCCAAACCUGGUACGAAAGUGUCCCAGCUAACAAACCAAGCUGGCGAACAGCUACGAUACGGUAUUGUUGGAUCACCGCUAGCUCAGGAACAGUUUCGUGUUGGCCCGAGUGGAGAAAUCAUUCUAGCGAAACCACUCAACUAUCGACGCGUUCCACAGUACACCUUUGCGAUCGAAACAAGCGUACCGGGCGCGGACCGCAACACCAGCACAACGGUGGUGAUCGAUGUGCUGCCAGCAAACAUGUGGGAACCUCGGUUCCGGAAGCCGUUCUACUCGUUCGCGAUCGAGAAUCCACUGCACGCACAGCAGCUUCCGAUGCUGGUGGGACGCAUCGAGGCGGCUGAUGGCGAUCGUACGGAUGAGCUGUCCUUCGUGUUGAAGGGCAACUACAGCAAUCUGUUCCGUGUUGAUCCGUACGGUAAUCUGUGGCUAGUGUCGAAUCGGACCGAUCUUCCGGUAGCGAUGCGGUUGCUUGCAACCGUAACUGAUACGGGAACACCACCGAAAUCCGCUACCGUACCAGUAGUUGUGAAGCUAAAGCCGGAAACCGCUUCCCUAACUUCAAAUCUACUCAUCGUGAACAUCGUUGUGGCGUGCGCCCUCGGGCUGCUUCUUAUUGGUGGUUUCGUACGGUGUGUUUAUCGACGCCGCAAGCGAAAAGUGUCGUCGGCGGAACAAAUUGUUGGACAUGGUGCUGGCGUUGUGCCACCGUUAAAGCACGGUGUCGAUUCUAGCCGGUUUCUAUUGCAACGCGCGGAACAACGGAUGCACACGAAUGUACGGUUGACGGAUUGUGCCGCCUCAUCAACGCUGGGCAGCGAGAAUCAGGACUUUAUCGACCAUGAAGGAGAAAACCCAAGACGCUCGCAGAUACACAACACGAGGGCGCUCGAACGGGAGGAACUUGGCGGACAGAAUCUAAACCAUCUGCUGCUGCAAUGGCAGGAAAAGUACGACGAAAAGAACAACGGGACAGAGGACAUGUCCAUCGACGACAAGUUGAUCGUGUACUUCUAAAGGAUACCAAAGC